UAUAUCUCCACUCGCAGAGCAGACCGCGGCGUGUGUACAGUGAGGUUAGGAAGGAUCGACGCUCGUUCGGUAGCUUUUUAUUUACAAAAAAAAAAAUAACGAAUGACUCCUUAUCGCGCGUCAAUUAUUUAAUUCACUUGUUGUCGAAGCGUCGAGUGUUCCACUUCCACCGGCAUCGACGAAAUUCACCGACUCGAGAUAAAUCGGAAAAUUACGCACAACGCAAGUGGAAACAAGCACAAUGGCCGGCUCCUGUCAACAUGCCUUUUCCCACAGUGGCGAGUACCUGGCCGUCUACGAGAACGGCACGCUGAAGAUCUGGGAGACAGCCUCGAAUCGCCUGAAGCAAGAGUUCGUCCCGAGGGAGCACUUGGCAUCGCCGAACUGCGUGCUAACAUGGCUCGUCGUCGGCACGAGUUCCACCUCUGCCGCGAAAAAACGAAAGAGGAGGUCAAAUGCAUCCAUGGUCGAAGAUGCCACAAAAGAAAUUGUUGCCAUGGGUUUGUCAAAUGGAAAUGUGACACUUUAUGAUUUAUCGACAGCGAGUAUCUCUGCCACACUCUUUAACAAUCGCAAGUCCAGUAUCACAGCGAUCACAUGGUCACCCGAAGCUGGAUUAUUUUCUGCAGAUGCAGAUCAGCACAUUACACAAUGGAGUGUAUCAGACAAAUCCAUAAAACAAGAAUGGAAGUCUGGUAAAGACAAAGUUACAUCUCUGUGUGUGUUGCCUGGAGGCGAAUCGUUGCUAGCUGGCGAAAAAAUUAUCAAAUGGUGGGAUAUUGAAUCAAAAAAACUAAAAGGUACCUUCUCAGGCCUCAGAAGUCAGGUCAAUAAUCUCUCCGUUGCCAAAAUAAGCGAUGAAUUAAGUUAUCUUGUAAGUAGUUCAAAUGGAGAUAAUUACCUCAGUGUGUGGCCUUUAAAUCAGGCCAAAAAAGACAUAUCACCAGUUGCCACGCUAACACUUUCAGAUGAAGUUCUAAACUAUUCUAUCAAAUGUACAAAAGAUGGACAAAUUUUUGUUUUAUCAACGACAAGAUCUGGAAAUGCUCAAUUAUUUAAAUAUCAAGCUAAUGGAGUAUCGUGCAAACCAGUUCACCCAAUCUUGAAUGUUAUUAUAGCCACAGAUUCUGAACAGAAAGCCAAACAGAUUCCUAUCCUCACAACAUGCUUCUUAGAUGAAACUGCAAUGACACUGGCUUAUGGUUCAUUUAUUGCUCUAACAAUAGAAAAAGUUGUACCUGAUUUUUCGGAUAAAUCUCAGUGUCUAAUAAGACAAGAAUCUAAAAAAUCUAAAAAUGAACAAAAAGAGGCAAUGACAAAGGUAAAAACUUUAGGGGAAACUGGUGCACAGUACUUGGGACCUGGAGAUCAAGAACAGGUACCACUCAAAAGGAAACCUGAAGCUGGUUCACAACUUCCUCUACAAACUAGAUUAGAUAAUUUAAGUUUAGAUUCAGAAUCAACUGUUCCUGGUAAAAUAACCUCGAAGGGUGACAAUAUGGCUAAACUUUUAAUACAAGCCUUGCAUAGCAAUGACAAGAACCUACUUGAUAGCGUUCUAUUUGUUAAAUCUGAGAGUAUUAUUAAAAACACUGUAGCCAAAUUGCCUACACAAGCAAUAAUUCCUCUUGUAAAAGAAUUAACUAAGAUGCUUGAGGGAAAAACUUAUGCUUGUCGAUUUGCCAUUGCGUGGAUGAAAGAAGUGUGCUUUACGCAUACAACCACAAUCAUAUCUCAUCCCCAGAUCAAGGAAGCUAUUGAUCCUGUAUUAAAUAUUAUAGAUGCCAAACUUUUCUUUUUCCCCGAACUCAUGCGACUGGAAGGAAAAGUAAAUUUAUUAACAGGUCAAAUAGCCAAAAAUGCAGAGAGGGAAGAUUUAGUCGAUACACAGGAAUGUUUACUAGUUUACGAAGACCAAGAUUCUUCUGAUGAAGAUCCUAUGUAAUUAUACAUAGAUGACACGAAUUAUUCGUUAAAAUGUGUCGUCCUAUUUUUGUUAUAUAAUCUUAU